AUGAAAAAUGAAAUUAUAUUUAGUACAACAUUUAUAUUAUUUUUGAUCAGUUAUUGUUUUCAACCACUUUUAAUUGACAUUAUAAAAUAUAAUGGGUGUGGUAAUUCCAGUACUUUUAUUUUUUUAAUUCCACAUUAUUUAUCUAUGAUUAUUGUUGGUUUUCUUCCUAAGAAACAAAAAUUAAUGGAAUGUCAAUGGAUGAAAAUAUUCUUUGUUUCUUUAUUAGAUGUAGUGAAUCAAGUGUUAAAAAAAAUUGGAUUAAUUUAUGCAGGGUCCUCUUUAUAUAUUAUUAUAGAUAGCUGUACUUUAAUAUUUACAGCUAUGUGGAGAAAACUUUUAUUAAAUAAAAAAAUCAAUCAUAUUCAAUUAUUAGGAAUUUUAUUAAUUACCUUUGGUAUUGCCAUAAAAUCAAAUAAUUUAAAGAUUGAAAUAAAUAAAGAAGAAAUUAUUGGUAUUGUAUUAAUAUUUCUUAGUAAUAUCCUUAUGGGAUUAACAUUUGUAUUAAAUGAAAAAUAUAUGCAUCAAAUGGAAGGACAGAAUAUUGUCUGUUUAAUGGGACUCUUUUGUUUUGGAUUUAUUUUUAUAUGGACACUUAUAUGGACGAUACCAAAUUUUGAACAUUUAAUUAUAAAUAAUAUAAAAAAAAAACAAGGAAAUAUACAAACUAUUGGACUCAGCUUUUUUUUUCUUUUCGUAUUUAAUUUUAUUACUUCAUCUACCUUGUGGUAUAUUAUGAAAAUUAGUGGCUCUUUGUCUAUAGGUAUUUUGAAAGGACUCAAAGUAGCCAUAAUUUUUUUAUUCAGUCAUAUUUUUUUUUGUAAAUAUGAUCCAAAACAAUGUUUAACUUUUCAUUCCUCCUUAUCAGUUUUUUUUUGUAUUCUAGGAGUCCUCAUAUAUUCUUAUAACGAAUACCUUUUGUUAGUUACCAGCAAGUUUUAUUUACCAAAAAAAGCAAAAUUGAUGUUAUAA